CACUUCCAGUCUCCACACAAGUGCGCGGCUCCGGCUGAACUUUUCCUGGGACAAGAGGAGUUUCUUUUCUUGGCUGUAGAGCAGCAGCAGCAGCAGCAGCGGAGGAGGAGGAGGAGGCGGCUCGGAGAAGAAGAGGACACGGCCAGGAGGCGCAGUACACAUAGUGCAGCCGGCUCACCUAGUACCGAGGACCCCCGGCAGCAGACAUGGCUGAUCCCAACAGGUGGGGAGUUGUGCUGUGCGCCCUGCUCCUGGCAUCUGCGGUGCUGGCCAAUAUAGAGCGAGUGCGGAGGAUCACCUAUGUGGUGCACCCGGGACCCCCGGGCAUCUACCACCAGCAACCUGUGGCUAUGAGCCGGAGCAGCGUCGUGCUGAGCAGCAGUACCCAGGAGGGGAGCCGCAGGAUGAGCAGAGCCGGCUCCAGCCCAGCAAUGGUGCACAGACCGCUGCCGCUCACUGGAGAGAAGGCGGCGGCCCCGGCUGUCAGCGCGCACGGCGGCCAGCGCUCGUUGUCCCGGAGCGGAGGGCAGCAGGACGCCCCGAGGAGCGGCGGACUACAGCACAGGCUGCACAUGCAGGGAGUUAACAUCUGUGGCGGAAAGUGCUGUCAUGGCUGGAGCAAGUCUUCUGGAUCUGAACGAUGCACAAAACCAAAUUGUACUCCGCCAUGUCAAAAUGGUGGAAUGUGCCUUCGUCCACAUCUUUGUGUGUGCAAACCUGGAACUAAAGGAAAAGUUUGUGAAGAGAAGGUGACCCAAGACAAAUCUUCUACAAGUACAGAGACUCAGGGUGCAGGAGCUCCAGCCCCUCCACUGCGGCCCAUUCCUCAACAGGCAGCUCCGCAGUCAACGCCAAAGAAGGUACAAGCCUCUCCUGAAGCUACUCAAGGACAAGUGACACUAGCACUGAAGCAGAAGCCACAGAUCAUCGUGUCUCAGCCUCAGAUGGUACCACCACAGACAUUAACCAUGAACCUCCAGCAUGGGCAGACACAGCAGUUCAUGAUUAAACCAAAGUACUUCUCUAACUCCAAGAAAGUCCUCCUUGGUGAACAGUCCACAGAAGGAUUACUGCCUCUAAGAGCAAAUGGCCUGGACCAUCUGACGUCACAAUUACAUCAUUUGGGAAACCAAACAGGGCGCAUCAAGGUGGUCUUCACACCCAGCAUUUGCAAAGUGACCUGUACCAAGGGCCGCUGUCACAACAACUGCGAGAAGGGAAAUACAACUACGCUUAUUAGUGAAAACGGCCACGCUGCUGACACACUGACUUCCAGUAACUUCAGAGUAGUGAUUUGUCAUCUUCCUUGUAUGAAUGGAGGCCAAUGUACGGCUCGAGACAAAUGUCAGUGCCCACCCAAUUUUACUGGCAAGCUCUGCCAUAUACCUGUGCAGAAUGGAAAUGGGCAAAAACAGUACCAGCAGAAUUCAAUAAAAUCAUCAGGGUCUCAUGUAAUCCAUUCUACCCACACUUUACCACUCACCCUAACAGGACAACAAGGAAUUAAAGUUAACUAUCCUCCAAACAUGGUUAAUAUCCACGUGAAGCACCCACCAGAGGCUUCUGUUCAGUUCCACCAAGUGUCCCGAGUUGAGAGCUCUUCUUCUACUCAGAAAAAAGACAGCCAAAUAGGACAGGCACAUGUGUCUUACCAUGGUGUCCAGAAGCAUCUGUUACCUCAUGCUGUAUACCCACAUCAGCAGACCGUAUCCAAUGUGUAUCCAGUUUCAGCAAAAACCCAACUUGGUCGAUGCUUCCAAGAAACCACUAAUACUCAGUGUGGAAAGCCACUCCCAGGACUUUCAAAACAAGAAGAUUGCUGUGGAACAGUGGGCACCUCUUGGGGCUUAGGCAAAUGUAUGAAAUGCCCAAAGAAAGCUACUCACUCUUCAAAUCCCCAGUACAUGGAGUGUCCUCAAGGUUACAAGCGUAUAAAUGCUACAUUCUGCCAGGAUAUUAAUGAAUGCUACAUGCAAGGUGUAUGUCCUAAUGGUGAAUGUUUAAAUACAGUCGGCAGCUUUAAAUGUACUUGUAAACAGGGGUUUGUUCCAGAUUCUACUUAUUCCUCUUGUGUGGCUGAAAAUCUUUUAAUGUCUGAGGAGAAAGGUCCAUGUUACCGUCUGGUCAGUACUGGGAGGCACUGCAUGCAUCCACUCUCGGUUCAGCUCACUAGACAGCUCUGCUGCUGCAGUGUAGGCAAAGCUUGGGGACCCAACUGCGAAAAGUGCCCUGUUCUUGGAACACCGGCUUUCAAGCAAAUCUGUCCUGGUGGUAUGGGCUACACCGUUCCAGUGCUCCGAGGUCCACAUCCUCCUAGAACCUAUACCGUGCAGCCUCCAAUUAGAACCACAUUGCAGCCAGUCAUAACAAGGGAAGAACCUGUAGAAGCGCUCUCCGUUUCACAUGGAAAUGAUGCAGACUUGAAUGGAAGAGAAGAUACUGCUACAGCUACAGACCAGGACCAUGAUGAUCGAGGAAAGCUUCAAGUUUCACCUGGAAUUUCCACAAUAAAAUUAGAUCCUCAGUAUCCAGUCGUCGUUGAAAAAUCAUCUCCACCCGUGCCAGUAGAAAUAGCCCCUGAUGUUUCCAAGUCAAGUGAAAGCCAAGUUAUCGCUCCAACUCAAGUUACAGAAGUCAAUGAAUGUAUAGUGGACCCGAACAUCUGUGGAGAAGGUUUCUGUGUCAACUUGCCAGUUGGAUACCUGUGUGUCUGCCAUGAAGGCUACAAGAGGAAUGAAAAUCAGACUAAAUGUAUUGAUAUAAAUGAGUGUGCCGAAGAUCGCAGCCUCUGCUCAAAUGGCCGUUGUGAGAAUACAGACGGACGUUAUCUAUGUAUUUGCUCGGCAGGAUAUAUGGCUAAUGAACAGGGAACAGACUGUGUGGAUGUGAAUGAGUGCUUGAGGCCAGAUACAUGUCCAGAUGGGCUUUGUAUCAACACUGUUGGAUCAUUCCGUUGCCACUACUGUGACUCUGGUUUCCGUAUGAACAGAAGAGAACAGUGUGAAGAUAUUGAUGAAUGCUUGGUCCCAACCACAUGUCCAUAUGACAGAUGUGUCAAUAACCCUGGCUCGUUUGCAUGUGUGCCUUGUCCUGAUGGGUUCAGAGGAUCUAAUGGACAGUGUUAUGACGUUGAUGAGUGCCAAGAAGACACAUCGUUGUGUGCCAAUGGUGACUGCUCCAAUCUGGAGGGAUCAUACAUGUGCACAUGUCGACCAGGAUUUGAGUCAACCUCUGACAGCAAACAGUGCAUUGACAUUGAUGAAUGUCAGCUGGGUAACUUAUGUCUAAAUGGCAAGUGCCAAAACACCGAAGGUUCCUUUUUGUGCUCCUGCAACCAAGGAUAUCAGUUGAGCCCAGCUAGGGACAGAUGUGAUGAUAUUGAUGAAUGUGAAGAUAGAAGCCUAUGUGGUCAUGGUCAGUGCAGGAAUACCAGGGGAUCUUUCAAAUGUAUAUGUAAUGAUGGCUACAAGCUAUCUGCUGCUGGAGACCAAUGUGAAGACAUAGAUGAAUGCCAGGAGCUGGAUGAAGCCUGCCAGGGAGGAGGAAGCUGUAGCAAUACGGAUGGGUCUUAUACAUGCGCUUGUCCAGAUGGCUUCUUGCUCAUAGAUGGAAGAAGGUGUCAAGAUAUCAAUGAGUGUGAAAAUCCAACACUUUGCUCUCCAAAUGGAAAAUGCUUCAACAAUGCUGGUUCAUUCCACUGUAUCUGUGACCAAGGGUUUACUACCACUGCUGAUGGGAGAUCGUGUGAAGAUGUUGAUGAAUGUACUAAUAGCACUCUGUGCAGUCAAGGGUUUUGUGAGAAUACCAUUGGUUCAUAUCGCUGCCUCUGUUAUCAGGGGUACCAGGAUUCACUGGAUGGACAAGGCUGUGUGGAUGUAAAUGAAUGUGAAAUGCUGAGCGGAGUCUGUGGUGAGGCCCGAUGUGAAAACGUGGAUGGUUCAUUCCUCUGCCUGUGUGCUGAUGAUAACCAGGAAUAUGACCCAAUGACUGGGCAAUGCAAAUACCGCAACAUGCCAGGUCAUUAUGACGAAGAAGUAAAGCAGUGCUACUAUAAUCUCAAUAAUGUCAAUUUCUGUGAGAAUGUGCUGACUGUUAAUGUUAGCAAGCAAGACUGCUGCUGUACAUUGGGUGCUGCCUGGGGAGAUACCUGUGAGAUGUUUCCAUGUCCUGUUCUAGGAUCUGAUGAAUUUGCACUUUUGUGCCCCGAGGGAAAAGGCUACGUCCCAUCCAAGGAAUCCCUUUAUGAGGGAAAUGGCUUGACCUACCAAGAUGCUGAUGAGUGCAUGUUGUUUGGAAGCGAAAUAUGUAAAAAUGGAUUCUGCUUAAACACAGAGGCAAGCUUUGAGUGUUACUGCAAGCAAGGCACAUAUUAUGAUCCUGUGAAGUUACAGUGUUUUGAUAAUAAUGAAUGUGAGGAUCCCAGCAGUUGCAUUGAUGGUGAAUGUAUAAACACUGAUGGCUCAUAUAGCUGUUUUUGCACACGUCCUAUGGUCCUGGACUCUUCUGGAAAAAGGUGUAUAAGGCCACAGGAUGCAGUGGAACCUACAGAGGAAACAGAUGUAUACCAAGAUUUGUGCUGGGAAAACCUCAGUGAAGACUACGUUUGUAGUCGGCCUUUAUUGGGGAGGCAGACUACUUAUACAGAAUGCUGCUGUUUAUAUGGAGUAGCAUGGGGAAUGCAGUGUGCACUCUGUCCAAUGGAAGGUUCAGAGGACCAUGCAUUACUGUGCAACCUCAGAGAGUCGGGAUUUAGGCGACCUUAUGGAGAAGAUGCCCUUGAAUUCCGAGACUAUUCAAUACACCCUGAUCCAUACAGCCUUCAAGAACGUGAAGAAAGUGACAAGUAUGAGGAGCUGCAGGCUGAAGAGUGUGGCAUCCUGAAUGGAUGUGAAAAUGGUAGAUGUGUGCGGGUGCAGGAAGGAUAUACUUGUGACUGCUUUGAUGGAUACCACCUGGACAUCAUGAAGAUGACUUGCGUUGAUGUCAACGAGUGCAAUGAGCUGAACAGCAGGAUGUCUCUCUGCAAAAAUGCUAAGUGCAUUAACACAGAAGGUUCGUACAAGUGCGUGUGUCUACCAGGCUACAGACCAUCAGAUAAACCCAACUACUGCACAGCAAUAAACUCAGAGAGAGAUGACAGUGAACUGGAGUAGAACAAGAGCAGCUCCAAUUUCUCAGCCCAUAUACUCUGCACUGUAUAAGGAAAGGAAGCUGUAUAAGUUACUUGAGAUGAAAGUGGCGCCUCAAGCAAUGGUUUGGUGUGGAAGCAGCAUUAUCUGGAAGUGGAAUGCGAUGUCUGACGUACUGUGCAUCAACUCUACAGACCAAAUGGACACAUUUUCUCUAAUGGAAGAAACCACCCAAGUAUAUAUAGUCUGAUUUUGCAUAAAUUUGUUGGUAAAUAGACAAAGCGAUGAUGAUAUUUUAAGCUGUUUAUUAUUAUUAUUAUAUUUUGUACUAUUGCUUUAUUAACUUGGCAUUUUAUUAGAGGUGGGAGCAUUUUAUAACACUUAUGACGAUGCAGCGCGUUGGAGACUGCACCAUUUCAGAACUGUUGAGAACUCUUUCUUUUAGUUUUCUUACGUUACCUUGGUGCAGACAUCCUGUAGGGCAAUUUUCUAUGGACUCUUUCACAUUGUUCUGCUAUCACUUGCCUGGAAAUAUUUUAUAAACUCCCGUCUGCCCCGUGGAGCAGGCAUCUUUUUGUUUUUAUUCUUUAUUUUUUUUUAGUCUUGGCUGGAAAAUCAUAUUGAUUUUUUUUACUCUGCCUUUGUCUUUUUACUGCACUUAAACUCUUUAGGAAUUUUCUUGCCAAGUUGCAAAGCUGCUGUGGAAACAUUGCAUCCCAUAAUGUACAUUAAAUUAGAUACAUAAGUUUCCCUGUCCAAAAUUGAUUUGUAAAUUGAAGAUGAAAAAACAGACAUCUUGUUUGAGUUUCUUAACAUAUUAAAGCUGUAUAAUAAACCUCAACAAUAAAAACACUUUAUUUUUA